GACCACCACACACUUGACGAAGGCUGCUGGACAGUCAUAAUCUCCUCUUUCGUGAAUGACCCUCGCCGGUCCGCGCCGCCAUAACACACUCAGCAGGACUGCGUAGUCUACUGUACUCUUACAACACCACUUGCUGUCGGCCCAGCCAUGCCGACGCAACGGCCUUUCCUAGGGAACUUCCUCGCUGCUUUCCGUGCACACUCGCAACCGCUCCCGAAACCCUCUACCUCACUAUCAUCCUCGGCUGCGGUGGCUGCUUCUGCUUCAAUAUGGACUGCAGCGCCGCAAGGGACAGGGACAGCCAAGUCGGCAUCGCCUGCACCCGAGAGUAACAUGUCAAGUCCCAAAGCAAUAUACCCAGCAAAGACAAGUCCGUACGGCGCACAGUCCACGACAGCACAGCCUGAAAGGCAGCUUGUGUCUUCCUAUACGCCGCUGGAGCACAACGUGAGUCCGCUCACGCACCUUCCGAGGUCACCGACCUCGCCAGGAAUGCCCGUGCAUGGACCGCAGAACAAGCCACCGAGCUAUCCUACAGUGCAAGACGUGCGGCGCUCGCGUAGAGGCAGUGAUAGCAGUGCUGAGGGCUACAGAGAAGUGAGGACAGGGGGCGAAAAGUGGUUCAUCGGUGGCCUGACAGCGACUGGCGAGGAGAGGUACUACAAGCUCAGUAUGGUGAAGCGAGACAAGAGCUCAGAUCGGAUAUCGACCGACCAGAUGAGCUUAUGAAUUGACGAUUGAAUCAUUUGGCAAGGCGUUACGAACAGGUCCUUUAUGGGACCAUGGACGCGAAUUCACUAGAGCAUCGCAUCGGAUUGCCUUGCGGCGACAAGGACUGUUAGAGCAAGACCUGGUUUGGUCUUCGCACACGAAAAGCAUACAUGUGAGUGAGCAACUCGGGAGCAAGUACCACGAGAGACAGAUGGACUGCACAUAGGCUCAAUGAGAGACUAACGCUCUGUAAGAGCGAGACUUCUUACC